AUGUGCCCCACAUACAUGAGUUGGUCCGGCUGUGUCAGCCAGCCGCCACGGACGUCUUGGUCUCUACGCGUGCACAGGCAAGGCUUCACUGAGUUGACUGGUGCUGCUGGUUUGCACGACAUCUUCCCGUUCGAGGAUGAACUGUUUGAGGAGUUGGCCUCGAAUGCAGCGUCUUUGCGUGCACCGCCGGCGGACCUAUCUAGCACACCGGAGGUGACACCGCCACCUAUCUCUGCACCCGAUUUGCCAGAUGCCACCCGUUUCGCCGACGAGCAACGGCGUGACCCAUCUCUUAGCCCAUGUUGGGACUAUGCUACUGGCCGACACAAGACGCCCGUCAAUGGCAGUACCUUCUGUGUUCGCCAGGGCCUCCUCUACCGGGAAUACUCACCGGAUGGUGAAGCGGGGAUGGACACCACCAGCCCCUACUACCGCCUUCAGUUGGUUCUGCCCACGGAACGGAGAUCCACCAUUCUGCACCUCGGCCACACCGUCCCCAUGGCUGGCCACAUGGGACAGGCGAAGACAUCCCAGAGGAUUCUUCUCCGUUUCUGGUGGCCGACGAUUCUUCAAGAUGUCGCACAGUAUUGUUCCGCCUGUGAACCAUGUCAGCGCACCGCCCGUGUUCUGCGUUAUGAUCGGGCACCACUUAUUCCUCUUCCUGUUAUUGGCGAGCCCUUCCGGGUGGUAGCUAUUGACAUUAUCGGCCCAUUGCAGCGUACUCAGUCCGGCAAGAAGUACAUCCUUACCUUGGUGGAUUAUGCAACCCGCUAUCCGGAGGCAGUCGCUCUUUCCAAUAUUGAGUCGACUACCGUGGCUGAUGCGUUGAUCUCCAUCUUUUCCAGAGUAGGACUGCCAGACAAAAUCCUCUCCGACCAAGGCUCCAACUUUACAUCGGACGUCCUCCGACAAGUUGCUGCUUUACUCCGUAUCCAGCUUACCACAUCCACUCCGUACCAUCAACAGACCAAUGGCCUCGUCGAACGGUUCAAUGGUACCCUCAAGGGUAUGCUUCGUCGGUUUGCUGCUGAUGCGCCACGAAGUUGGGACGAGGUGCUCCCAUAUGCUUUAUUUGCUUAUCGAGAGGUGCCUCAAGCCAGCACUGGUUUCUCACCAUUUGAGCUCCUGUACGGCCGCCAUGUCCGCGGCCCGCUGGAUCUCGUGCGCGAUGCUUGGGCUCAGCCAACGGAGGAGCUCCGGACCACUACUGCCCAGUUCGUCCUCACCAUGCGGGACCGGCUUGAACGCAUAUCGACUGAGGCUGGCUCCCACCUUGCCACCGCGCAGCAACGGCAGAAGGCCUACUAUGACCGCCUGACCGUGUGGCAAGGCCCUUACCCUAUUCGGCGUGAGGUCGACAAGGUCAAUUAUGAGAUUGACAUGGGACCCCACCGGACGAAGCGAUAUCGGGUUUUCCACAUCAACCUCCUGCGGCGGUUUCGCCGGCCCCAGCUCGCGGCCUUCACCGUUCCUAUGGCGGAGGACGACCCAGACACGGAGCUGCUGCUUGACGACUGCUCCCCUCUACACGUUGAUGGUGGCCGUCCUACCAUUAACCCCGACCUUUCGCCGGACCAGCGGCAACAGCUCGACAUGCUGCUAUCGGAGUUUGAGGAUACCCUCUCACCCCAGCCUGGCCAGACGACCGUGGUGGCUCACUCCAUCCACACUGGCGACGCCACACCCAUUCGUUCCCGGCCAUAUCGUCUUGCCGCUGCACACCAUUCUGUUGUCCGCGAUGCCGUCGACGAAAUGCUGGACAUGGGCGUCAUACGCGCAUCCCGCAGUCCGUGGUCUUCACCCGUUGUGCUUGUGCCGAAGAAGGACGACUCGAUCCGCUUCUGUGUCGACUACCGUGCCCUUAAUCAGGUGGCCCAGUUCGACUGUUACGCGAUGCCGCGGGUGGACGAGAUCCUCGACUCUGUCGGGUCUGCCCAGUUUCUCUCCACCCUUGACCUGUCCAGGGGGUAUUGGCAGAUCCCUCUGGCAGAGGAUGCGUGUGCCAAGACGGCCUUCACCACACCGUUUGGCCUGUACGAGUUCACUAUGAUGCCAUUCGGGCUCCAUGGAGCACCUGCAACAUUUCAGCGUUGCAUAGAUACCGUCUUGGCUGGUCUCCCGUUUGUCCUGGCGUAUUUGGACGAUGUCGUCAUCUUCAGUCCGACUUUUGAGGACCAUCUUGUCCAGCUCCACCACGUUCUUGGUCGCCUUCACGACGCUGGGCUCACUGUGAAGCCGAAGAAGUAUUUAUUGGGUAUGGUCGAAACUCCCUUCCUUGGCCAUGUGAUUGGUCAUGGUCGGGUGCGUGCGGACCCUGGCAAGUUGCAAGCCAUCGACGAUUGGCGACACCCCACGACCAAGAAGGCCCUGCGUUCCUUCCUGGGGUUGUGCGGCUACUAUCGUCGCCUCAUUCCUCACUUUUCAACCAUCGCGGAGCCCUUGGUAGCCAUGACGUCGAAGGGCCACCCCAACACCCUCCACUGGACGACCUCAGCUGCACAGGCCUUCGUUCAAUUGAAAGGCCUCCUUGUCUCCGACCCGGUCAUUGUUGCGCCGAACUUUGCUGCGGAGUUCUACCUGCACACGGACGCUUCCGAUGUUGGUUUGGGCGCUGUCCUGACCCAGCGUGAUGCCCAGGGCACCGAACACCCCGUAGCAUAUGCCAGUCGCAAGCUCCUCGACCGUGAACGCCGUUAUGCCACCAUCGAGAAGGAGUGUCUCGCCCUCAAGUGGGCCAUUCUCAAAUUCGCUCCGUAUCUCCCCGGCAGACGCUUCACCUUGAUUACCGACCACCGCCCUCUUCAAUGGAUCGCUCAGCAUCAUAGUGGCAAUGCUCGGGUGGCCCGAUGGGCCAUUGCUCUGCAGCCGUUCGCUUUCACCGUUGUGCACCGGCCUGGUGCUCUCAAUGGCAACGCCGAUGCAUUGUCCCGCCAGAUGUGA